AUGACACCCAUCAAGAACACAGAGAAGGUUGGUUUCUCAUACAACCAAUUAGCCGACCCAAAGUUUGCCUUCUAUGACCAUAGCCUGGUUGAAGCUGUGAAGCUGAGUGAUGUCCCGACGCAUAGGUUCUUCUGGCUGCUCUCACUUUGUCACACAGUGAUGCCAGAAGAGAGAAGGAAGCCACAUUACUUUUUUUCCUGCAUGUCGGGUAACUUGGUGUAUCAGGUGCAAUCUCCUGAUGAGGGAGCCCUCAUCACUGCUGCCAGAAACUUUGGAUUUGUGUUCCAGGCUCGCACACUGGAGACCAUCACUGUUGUGGAAAUGGGAGAAACAAAAAUCUACAAACUCCUGGCUAUUCUUGAUUUCAACAAUGUCUCAUUUCUCUUCCUCUUCCUCGUAGUGCGGAGUCCAGAAGGUGACUUGACUUUGUACUGCAAGGGGGCUGACACCAUUCUUUAUGAACUGCUUCAUUCAUCCUGUGAUUCUCUCAAAGAGGAGACCACAGAACACCUGAAUGAGUUUGCUGGUGAAGGUUUGAGGACACUUGUGGUGGCCUAUAAAAACUUGGACGAAGACUACUUUCAGGACUGGAUCAGGCGUCACCAUGAAGCAAGCACUGCCUUGGAAGGAUGGGAAGAUAAAUUGUCGGAGUUAUAUGAAGACAUUGGAAAAGGUCUAAUGCUGCUAGGUGCCACAGCGACUGAGGACAAGUUACAAGACAGAGUCCCACAGUCAAUUGAGACUCUUGCCAAAGCUCACAUUAAGAUAUGGGUUCUCACUGGAGACAAGCAAGAGACAGCAGUGAAUAUUGGUUACUCCUGCAACUUGCUGAAUGAGGACAUGGAAGAUGUUUUCAUUAUUGAAGGCAGCACAUCUGAUGAUGUACUUAAUGAGCUCAGGAAUGCAAGGAAAAAGAUGAAGCCAGAAUCCUUUCUGGACAGUGAUGAAAUCAACAUUCAGUUUGAAAAAUCUUCCAAAAAACAAAAAUUCUACCUGAUGAGCAAGCAAAUGGGGUCUGCCCACAUCGGGGUUGGUAUCAGUGGCCAGGAGGGGAUGCAGGCGAUCUUGUCCAGUGACGACUUCUUUGCACAGUUCCAUUACCUGCAGCACCUGCUCUUAGUCCACGGCCGGUGGUCCUACAUCCGCAUGUGCAAGUUCCUCAAAUAUUUCUUCUAUAAGAAUUUUGCCUUCACAUUAGUGCAUUUCUGGUAUGGCUUCUUCUCUGGCUUCUCAGCACAGAUUGUCUAUGAUGAGUGGUUCAUUAUGAUACCGAAAUAA